ACUGGCCGCAAACCAGCUAACGUUACCAAAUCAACAGAAGCCUCAGUGUGGCCCACUCUACGCAAAACACCACCAUUUUUGUACUUUAACGGAAAUACAUGGCCUGGUCUCUUGAAAUCUUCUGGUCUCAAUUUUGGGGAUGCCAGAGCAAGUAUGUUCAGCUCGUCAUACAGAGAAAUGGCAAUCAUGUCUCUGAAUCUCAAAUCAAAAUUGAAACCACUCUUGAAUUUCUGUAGAACCUUCUCUAACGCUCCUCUCUCCGUCGGUUCAAAGUGUAAGAGCAAGUUUAUCGUGGCGCAGCAUACAAAAACAAUAGGCCUGGGAUGCUUUAAUUACUUGGUAAUUUCGAUCGAGGAUACUGCUCAUGAAGUCGAAAAAUGUAUCAAUUAUCCAAAGCUUUAUCAUAACCCGGUUGCGACUUGCAAUGGUUUGAUGUUGCUUUUGUUCGAAGGAUCACGUGAUGAAGAUACAGACACAAAAACGAGUCCAGGUGAAGCUUUAUGGAAUCCCACCACUAACGAACUCAAAAUCCUUCCUCCAUCUCCCGCAACCUUGAACCCAAGCCUCGUUGGGAGUGAUAAACUAAUUUUUGUAGACGUGAAGCAUGACAUGAUGUUUUUUGAUUAUGCAACGGGAAAGUUGGAGAACAUUGCU